AUGGCUCCACAAGUCCAUUCGAAUGGCUCUAUCGAGCUAGACCACGAGGAAGAGGCCCUGGCUCGCCUGCACCUGGAUGAUGCGCACACAGAGCUGAGGGCGAACAGCAGUGGCAAGGGGGGCUACCGGUAUGAGUCGCCCGAGGAGGUGAAGGCCAUGAAAGCCCAGCGUGCCGCGGUGUGGCAGUGGCUGAAGGGCAUCGGCGUGCACAUGCUCAAGGACGGCCUGAGUCUGACGAACAUCUCUAUGCCAGUCACCCUCUUCGAGCCACGGAGCUGGCUGGAGCGCAUGUGUGACAACUGGAGCUACCUGCAGCUGCUGGAGCUGGCCGCCGAUGCGAAAGACCCGGUGGACCGGCUGAAGCUGGUCGUCGCCUUUGCCAUCUCGGGCCUGCGCCAGCAGAUAUCUUUUGGCAAGCCUUUCAACCCCAUCCUGGGCGAGACCUUCCAGGGGGCCUACCCCAACGGCACACAGGUGUACAUCGAGCAGAUCGCACACCACCCCCCAAUCUCCUCCUGGCAGGUCUACGACCAUGACGCCCGGUACCACUUCUUCGGCAACGGGACGUGGGCGGCCUCGGCGCGGGGCAACAGCGUGAAGGGCCAGCAGACGGGGGCCAACACCGUGCGCUUCUCCCACGACGACGCGGAGGUCAGCUGGGAGAUGCCGUACCUGACCAUCCGCGGCGUGCUGUUCGGGGAGCGGUACCUCAAGUACGGCGGCAGCAUGCGCUUCCAGGACGCGGCCCACGGGCUGACCUGCGACGUGGACAUCGACACGGAGGGGCCGGGCUUCUUCCGCUCCUUCUUCCGGCGCAAGAAGGCGCACGCCCAGGACGCGGUGCACGGGGUGCUGCGAGGAAAGGACGGCGAGGAGCUGGACGUGCUGACAGGGUCCUGGCUGAGCCACCUGGAGUGGGAGAAGGGGGUGUGCAACGGGAAGCUGCACACGGUGUGGGACGCGGUGAAGACGCCGGUGGACCGAGCGAUCGCGGAGCGGGAGGCUCUGCCCUCGGACUGCAGGUUCCGGAACGACCUAGUGCAGCUGAAGACCGGCACUCUGGACGCCGCCCAGCGCGCCAAGGUGGAGCUGGAGCAGGUGCAGCGAGCGGACCGGCGCCUGCGCUCGGAGGGCCUGAAGCGGGCCUCGGCGUGA